AUGCGUCGUUUUGUCAUCCGAAUUUUCUUAUUCGGACAGAGCAGCGGAAAAGUCGGAGGCCCUCCAAAGUUGACGGAGAGAAACUCGGAGGGAGGAAGCGAAAUCUGCGUCCCGGAAAAUCUGGGCUUUCUUUCAGGGAGAAUGAAAGCGGAUGAGAAGCCGAGGUGGGGGUUGGUGUCACCGUCCGGUGUGGCCUAUCAUUUCGGUACAAGUGGACUCUCCGUUGCGGUGGCUACCGUAGUAACUCACCCUUUAGAUGUGCUCAAAGUGAGGCUGCAAAUGCAACUUGUUGGGCAGAAAGGUCCUCUUACUGGAAUGGGUCGAUUGUUUCUUCAAGUUUUUAAGAAUGAAGGACCGAGGUUUUUGUAUCUGGGAUUGACGCCUGCAUUGACAAGGUCCGUGCUUUAUGGAGGUCUCCGUCUAGGCUUGUAUGAACCCUCAAAGUAUGCCUGCAAUUGGGCAUUUGGGUCCAACAAUGUUUUUGUUAAGAUUGGAUCCGCAGGAUUCAGUGGUGCAGUUGCAACUGCACUGACGAAUCCGGUUGAGGUUUUGAAGGUGCGACUACAGAUGAAUCCGAACUUGAGGAAAGGAGCAGCCAGAGAACUCCGUGCAAUCAUUUCUGAAGAGGGAGUGAAAGCUCUUUGGAAGGGAGUUGGACCUGCUAUGGCUAGAGCUGCUACAUUGACUGCAUCACAACUUGCAACCUAUGAUGAAACGAAGCGGAUGUUGAUUAGAUUGACACCACUUGAAGAAGGAUUCCAUCUACAUCUCACCUCGAGCACAGUUGCAGGCUUGGUGAGUACCCUCCUGACAGCACCCGUAGACAUGAUAAAAACCCGUCUCAUGCUGCAACAGGAAUCCGAAAGAGUUGGAAGCUAUAGAAAUGGAUUUCAUUGUGCAUAUCAGGUCUUGCGUACAGAAGGCCCAAGAGGUCUUUACAAGGGGAGCCUUGCAAUGUUUGCAAGAUUGGGUCCACAAACGACAAUUACCUUUGUAGUCUGUGAGCAGCUACGUGAGCUUGUUGGAAUGAAAGCAAUCUAAUCUAGCCUCAUGAUUGGUGUCUGCAAUUGCCUAUUCGUCUCCUCAAGCGCCCAGAUUAUGGAGAUAGUACCCAUUUUCGGUUGGUCUUUUUCACUAGAAGCUUCAUUCAAAUUUUGUAGCUGAUUCUUGAAGUACCGUUAUGAAGGGAACCUGUUUGAGAAUGGUGUCCCUGCAUAUCAUUAUACCCCUCAAUUUGCGAGGGUCCAAUUAAUUGGUCCAGUUAUUUGUACACCAUAAUCCAUCCAACAUUUUUUAAUCGCCUGGAUGUAUCCAAUCGAACAGAAACAACAUCUUUGAGAACUGUUACACUUGUGUCUUCAUGUUAUCUUGCAAUAACAAGAAGCUGAUUCAGUUUGUCAUG